ACGCUGUGGUACGGACAGAGUCAUCCUGAUAUGACAUUGGUGUUAGAGGCAUUUGCCAAGCAAAUGGACUCGCUCGCCGAUAGUGGGAUUGAGUGGACAUGUGAUGGAGAGACCUUUCACUCAAAAGUCUAUUGUUUCACUGCUGUGGCUGACGCUCCAGCCAGGGCUCUGAUGCAGAACACAGUCCAGUAUAAUGGAUACUUUGGGUGUGGCUGGUGUUUGCACCCUGGCAAGUGCAUCGAAGGAACAGUGAAGUACCCCGUAAGCGCUGAAGCUCCACCCGACAGGACUAAAGAAGGGAUGACUGAAGACAUGGAUGAAGCGAACGGAACUGGAGUGAAUGUUCGGGGAGUGAAGGGGCCGUCCCCAUUAAUUAAUUUGGUCGGGUUUGACAUUGUGUGGGGCUUCACACCCGAUUACAUGCAUGGUGUUUUGCUCGGCGUGACACGCCAGUUCAUGGAGUUGUGGUUGUGUGGUUUUGUUG